AUGCGAGGAAACGAGUUAUGGCUAGGAUUUUCCAAAGGGAUAGCAAUUCUAUCAAGACUUCAGCGUUUUCCGUAUCCGCCGUACACGAAUAAGAUCAUUGAAUUGGGUUCGUUUUUUCUGCCUACCAUCGUUGCAUACUCGUUUAUGAUCAAUGUUGUCUACAUUACACGCAGCAUUGUGGUCGAAAAAGAAACACAACUUAAGGUUUUAAAUGUUUUCUUUAAAAACAAUUACUUACCAGCUGAAAUGUACUUGCUUGCCUCCCCGUACCCUGUGAACAUGGUCAAAAAGUUUAAUUUCUUUUAUUUCAGUUCUUGGGUAAAGUGA